AUGGAAGAAGAAAUUUUGCAAGGAGAAGCAGUGGAAAUCAGUUUGAAAGAUCUGUCAAAGAAACUUGAAGACUUUGCAAAGGCUAGAGACUGGGAAAAGUACCACAGCCCUAGAAAUUUACUCCUUGCUAUGGUUGGUGAAGUAGGAGAGCUAUCGGAGAUAUUUCAGUGGAAGGGAGAGGUGGACAAAGGGUUGCCAAACUGGGAAGAAUCAGAUAAAGAGCAUCUUGGUGAAGAAUUAUCUGAUGUGCUUCUUUAUCUCAUCAGUUCUGAGGCUUUGAUUUUUCAGUCCCUAGGGUUUAAGUAUAUUCUGUUAAUGCUAUGGGAAUAA